AUGAAGUUGGAGAAGGCUCCUUGCAAUCAAACAUUGGGAAGAGAAGGGGAAGAGAAGGAGCAGCUGAGGGGGAGACCUCUACCUGUAACUCCGGCUUCAAGAGAUUUGGGGCUUAAUCGUGAUCCCAGGUUGAAAUCGAGGCAUUCCAUCCAACAGGAACGUGGUUCGCAGUUAAAUUCGGGGCUUAAUCUUGAUUCUGUGCAUACCGGACAGUUGCAAUGUAAUCCGACCACCAGAUCUUUAUCUCCUCUGCCUGACACUAAUCUCUCGGAUUCAUUUAAGGAAGCUCAAUCUGAGAAGAGGAGAUUUUCUACUCCAGGCCCGCGAAGAAAAGAACCCGAUGGAAAGAUUCCAGGGAAGAUUUUCGCUAGAGAUUCUCAUCGUACUCAGGCAUCAGAUUCCACAUCGUCGUCAACUUCGAUUUCUGAUAAAUUGAAUAGCCGAAGGGAGUCAUCGUGGAUGAAGUACUUUGAUGAAUUCAAGGUUGAUCUCUCUCAGUUGUUCUAUGGGCUUAAGUUUGCCAUCGGAGCUCACAGUCGAAUUUACCAUGGAAUUUAUAAGGAUGAACCUAUUGCUAUGAAGAUUCUUAACCCACCUGAUGACGAUGAAAAUGGAGCCAUAGCGGCUCUGCAGGAGAAGCAGUUCACUAGAGAAGUUACUCAUCUGUCUCAUCUCCACCAUCAAAAUGUGAUCAAGGGUUCACGGGCGAGGGAUCCUAGUACUCAACUUUUAUCGAAUUAUGAUCACUAA